CUCCCAUAAGGAAAAGCAGUAAACCCAAUAAUACCAAGAAACAAUAAAGUAAAGAAUAAAAAAGGGAACAGAAAAAGAAACAAAAAAAUGUGAAGGUGAAGUAGUAAGAAGAGGAGACGAGCUGAAGGAAGAGGAGAAGAAGAACAACGGCAAUUCAGUUUCACAAGUUACGCGCGCGGUCGUUCGGACAGUGAAUCGAGCCACGUGGACGCUCCAGUCUCCGCCGCCUUCUCAUCGGAUUUCCUACUCCUCUGCCGACGGCGAGGAGCUCUCUGCCGUUUCAGUUCGAAACGGAUGAAUCUGUCGCGCGGUGGCUCGAUCCGGAUCGGCCGCGCGGCGAUUCAUUGACUUCCAGUGUCCGUUUUGGGUCUAGACGGGGAUAGGCUUGCGAAUUUGGUGAGGCUGAAGCCGGUAAACGCUGGCGUCGAUGAGAGGCAGCUUGCUGAUGAACCGCCGUGGAUUGCAGAGAUUCCGGCAACUGGCCGUUACAGCCACCGGAUCGGCGAAGAUCAAGAUCCUGCUCUUCUGCUGCAUCGCUUUCACGCUGCUGGCGCUCCCAGGCUGGGCGUCCAAGUUCAUGGGAUGGAGCAAUCUCUCUGCUCCCGAUGAUCGGCUCCAAGCGCCAGGGAAAGGUUAUGCUAUUGUAAUGAAUACUUGGAAAAGAUAUGAUUUGUUAAAGCAAUCAAUUGCUCAUUAUGCAUCAUGUUCAGAACUCGAUUCAAUACACAUCGUGUGGAGUGAACCUGAUCCUCCUUCUGAGUCUCUUGUUGCACAUCUAAACCAUAUCCUUCAGUCAAAGUCGAGAGGGCCAAGGCAAGUCGAAUUGAAAUUUGACAUCAACAAGGAAGACAGUUUAAACAAUAGAUUCAAAGAGAUCAAAGAUUUGAAGACAGAUGCUGUCUUCUCAAUUGAUGAUGAUGUCAUUUUUCCAUGCUCAUCCGUGGAGUUUGCUUUCCAUGUAUGGCAAAGUGCGCCAGAUAACAUGGUGGGCUUUGUGCCACGUGCCCAUUGGCUGGAGCAAUCGAUUCUAAAGCUCUGUAGAUCUCUGAUCAUCAUGCAGCAUGACAAUAAUAAAUACUAUAGCUAUGGUGGAUGGUGGUCUGUUUGGUGGACGGGUACUUACAGCAUGGUUCUCUCGAAAGCUGCAUUUUUCCACAAAAAGUAUCUCAGGUUGUACACAAAUGAGAUGCCAGCAUCACUCAAGGACUAUAUAACCAAGAACAGGAACUGUGAAGAUAUUGCUAUGUCCUUUCUGGUUGCAAAUGCAACUGAUGCGCCACCUGUAUGGGUGAAGGGUAAAAUAUUUGAGAUCGGCUCGACUGGGAUCAGUAGCUUGGGUGGUCAUAAGGACAGAAGAAGUCAGUGUAUCAACAGAUUUGUAGCCGAGUUUGGACGAAUGCCCUUAGUAUCCACAACAGUCAAGGCAGUUGAUAGCCGCAGUAGCUGGUUCUGGUGAUGCUAGCUAGGUCUCCCACCACCACACAAUCUAUUGUUUCGAUUUGAUAGAAAAGUUCACCUCUUCGGUAAUCAUCUGAGUGUCUCUGAUCAUUAGUUAACCUUUUCAUCCCUUGAGCUGUAUAAUAGUGUAGUUUUCCUCCUUCCUUGUAUCAUUCAUUUCUUUGUUCAGAUAGAAUCAAAGUUUAGCUUUCUGCAAUUCUGCUUGGACAAGAUUGUUUGUAUCAUUACCGAGAAACUUCAACAGCAGUUUGCCACUUUCUGAUAGAUAGGUUUUGAUCUUGGAAUCAUAUACACGAGCUAUUUUGUGAAAACUGAAAACCUGAUAUAUCCGUUCCAAAUGUCCAUAUUGUUGGUCUUGCAUUCUCAGUAGUUGGGAACACCAGAACAGACAGCGACGAAAUGGUUCUUACUUUCAUCCGUUUGGCUGUCAACUUGGUAAGAACUGGAUUUCGUAACUUAUGUCUGACCUGAACAUGGACAGGCUUUUCACUGCAUUGUUUAUUGCUAACCUUUAUUCAGGUUGGGAUCCUCAACUUGGUUGUGGAGUUCUGUGACAUUGGGAGAU